AUGGCAUCGUCUUUUAUAAAUUCUGAUAAAAAAGCAUCAAUCAAUCUGUCAAAGAAUAAUACGAAAAAGGAGAUAUCAGAAUUUAACAUGUGCCCAUAUAAACUACAUUACUCCUUUGGCUUUAAUCCAAACGUCCCUAUAAUAAAUUUAACGACUAAAAAUCGAACAUUAAUUGCGUUCGCUUCUUCACAUAUUGCAAUGAUAUAUGAUUAUAGCUCUAAUGAAAUGUUACCUCUUCAAGGUCAUAAAACUGCUGUUAGAACACUGUCAAGUUCGAACGAUGGUAAAUGGCUAUUGACGGCGGAUUUUGAAAAGGAUUGUGCGGUAAUUAUUUGGGAUACCGAAAUCAAGUAA